AUGGCAGAUGUGGGGGCAGGUCCUAAACCUAGCAGCAGCGUGAAGCUCGUUCUGCUGGGAGAAGCUGCUGUUGGAAAGUCUUCUCUCGUCCUACGAUUUGUAAAUAACGAUUUCCAAGAAAACAAAGAACCAACGAUAGGAGCCGCAUUCCUCACUCAAAAAUGCUCCCUCCCAAACAGAACUAUCAAGUUUGAAAUAUGGGACACAGCCGGACAAGAACGCUUCGCCUCCCUCGCCCCCAUGUACUACCGCAAUGCCCAAGCCGCACUUGUCGUCUACGAUCUCACAAAGCCUUCCUCCCUUAUAAAGGCUAAGCAUUGGGUCGCCGAGCUCCAGCGACAAGCCAGCCCAGGCAUCGUCAUUGCCCUCGUGGGCAACAAGAUCGAUCUAACAAACGAAGAUCCCAGCGCAGCAGGAGCGGCAAAAAUACCGGACACACAAACUUGGCCUCCUGGCAGUAGACGAUCCGCCACUGGUUCACCAGGACCGGACGCUUCUGAGGGUGGCGACAGUGAAUCUUCUGUUGCUGAUCGAGAUGGCGAAGAAGGUGGGGAGGGAGACCUGCGGGAUUCUGCGGCUGGCGAUGCGCGAAAGAUCUCUACUCGUGAGGCAAGCUCGUAUGCGGAGGAAGAAGGGCUUUUGUUCUUUGAAACCAGCGCAAAGACCGGCGCUAACGUGCUUGAGGUCUUCACUGCGAUUGCCAAUGCGAUUCCGGAAACGAACCUGAAGGGACCGAGGGGUGUUGGUGCCGGCGCCGGUGCGGGUAAUAAUGGCCUGGGUGGGAGGCCUGGGGAGGAUGCGCGGAUUAAUUUAAGGGAUCGUGGGGCGUCUACUGCGAAGGAAGGGUGUGCUUGCUAA